GGCAAGUGUGAAAAAUUGGAAAAUUUAAAAUCUAUACCAUCACUUUUUAUCAGCUUUCCAUCAAGUAUGGCCCUAUCUAGUACUCAAGACCUCGAGACGCCUUUCACAACUGCAGUUCUUGGCAGUGAUGUUGAUUUCUGGCGCUCUUACAUUGCUGGACGUCCCUCACCGGACGAAAGUUUCUUCCACUUAAUUAACGAGUAUCACUCGAGCCACGGGCAAUCCAAGACUGCCAUUGCGCAUGACGUGGGCACUGGCCCCGACAAUAUUGCGCAGAGACUACUUGCCUACUACGACCACGUCGUAGGUUCAGACUUGAAUGAUCAAGCAUUGGCUGCUGCUCCUGCAUUGAUCCCCUCCGAGCUCUAUAAACGGACGACCUUCAUCAAAUCGCCUGCCGAGGCUCUCGCCAGCGGCGUUGUUCCCAACGGCGUGGGUUUAGGAAAGACUGAUCUCAUCACAGUCAGCGAAUGUAUACCUUUACUAGACGCUCCAAAGGCAUUGGACGCGUUCCAUGAAUUGCUUCGCCCAGAGGGAACUCUCGCUAUCUACUUCUACGGUCGAGCAAUCUUCGCGGAAGGAGACAUCCAUACUCUCAAUGCGAUCUACGAUGCCAUCGCAACACGUAUCUGCACUUUUCUACUUCCUUUCAAAGGAACGCCAGGAUUUCCGUUUCACGUUCGUGGAGCCGAGGCUCUGGUCAGCCGCCUGGAUAACAUUGCUUUCCCAUCUGAAAGUUGGAAAGGGGUAGAGAGAUAUAAGUGGAAUUAUGACUACCCAUUGCUUUUCAACAGCAAAGAGGGCUAUGACUUCGACUUUGAGCCCGUGGAUCGAAGGGCGGAAGGGGAGAAAACCAUAGAAGUCAUCGACAAGCAGUUUUGGGCGAAAGAGUGGGGAGUUGAGGAAGUGAAGACUUACUUAGAUUCUGUCUAUCCCAACUGGCAGAAGAAGGCCGGCGCAAGAUCUACGGAGGUGGAUGAGCUACUAGAAGAACUUCGAAAUGCUCUUGGAGGAGGAGGCUCGAAGAAAAAGGUUACCUUUCCUGUGGUCCUGAUUUUGGCAACGAAAAAGUAAAAGCCAACUCUGAGCGAUCUGUUUGCUUUCCGUUUGUUCCUAUAAGGUCAGUAUGAUUCAUGGAACUUCAUACGUGCAACAGGUAUGAUCGAUGCUGUCGAAGAAAUACAGUUGAUACGUCUUUCUCCUUUGAGUACACCAAGGCUGUUCAGAAAUGUAU